GGUGUAUUUUGUUUUUUUUUUUUUCUUUCCCUUCCAUCCUCCCUCGCGGCUCCUUCGAGCCCGUCGCGCACAUCCCCCGUCCACAAUGGCGGACACGACGGCCGCGGUCGAGCAGGACGGCGCCCACCGGGACGGUCUCUCCGGCCCCGUCUCCGAAGAGGCUCCAUGAGUCGUGUUCAAGGGCCUGUUUUCGUGUGUGUGACGAGCGUGUGUUAAGCAAGUGUGUGUGUGUGUCGCGCGCGACUCUUUUCUCCUCACUCGGCGACCCCCCCCGACUCCCAGAAGCCCGUGAAGAACAAAAAAUCGGCCCGGGGAGGGGGGUCCGCACGCCGGGGCUGAGCGCCGCAGCCGAGCCCACAGCCGAGCCGAGCAGCGAAGCAGCGCUCUGUGUCGCGGGACUUCCCCCCUCUCGCUCCUCGACCAAGGAGGGGGAAGAGUCGGCGCUUCGAGCGCGACGAAGGCCCAGCGACGCUCGGAAAGGACCCGACGACGGGAACGUGUCCCUCUUUUGCUGGAUUUAUUCAUAUUUAUCGGCGAAAAAUAUGGCCGAGAACGUUCCGGACUCCGGCCCGUCUUCAGCCAAGAGGCCUAAAUUGUCCUCCCCAGCGCUCUCGGUCUCCGCCAGUGAUGGGAACGAUUUCGGCUCACUCUUUGACCUGGAGCAUGACCUCCCCGAUGAGCUGAUCAGCUCCUCUGAGCUGAGCCUUGCCAAUGGUGGGGACCUCAGCCAGCUGCACAGUGGUCUGGGUGUGGGAUCUGGGCCAGGUGGGGGUCAGGAUGCUGCAGCCAAGCACAAACAGCUUUCGGAGCUCUUGCGCUCAGGGGGCCCCCCUGCCACAGCCCAGCAGCCAACAUUGGCUGGCAGCCCCAGUGGGGGUUCCAUUGGACUUCUGGGCAGUAUGAAGGGAUCUCCAGGCACACCAGGCAUGGGACAGCAGCAGCAGCAACAUGUUUCACCCCAGCAUGCUGGUAUGAUGCAGCAGCAGCAGGGAAUGGUGAGCAGUAUGAACAGAGCCAUGAUGGGAUCUCAGAAGGUCAGCGGACAGCCCCAGCAGCAGCAGGCCAUGAUGCCAGGUCAGGUCAUGAAUGGCUCCCCCAGGAUGGCCUACUCGAACCCUCCAAUGGGGAGUAAUAGUAACCUGCUGGCAGAAACUCUACUACAACAACAACAGCAGCAGCAGCAGCCACAACAACAACAGCAGCAGCAGCAGCAACUUGGAGGAGGACCACAGUCUGGAAUGAGGGCAUCACAGCAGCCAGGUGCCACAAACAAGAUGAGUAUGAUUGGAAACCCAGGACCCUAUGGCGGCCCCUAUGGUCAGUCAGCCAGCCAGGGCCUGGGAGGUGCAGGGCUGGGACCACAGCUCCAGAAUAAGACCGCUCUUCCCAACAGCCUGGCCCAAUUCCCCCAAGACAAGAAGAUCCAGCCUGUGCAGGGAAUUUCCAGCAUGGCCACUCCCCAGUCCUCUGCUGUUGUCACAGGGGCACCUGGAGCCUCAGGGGCUGGUGGAAUAGUGUCUGGUACCCAGGGCAGCCUGGCAUCUGCCUCCACAGGAACAGCAGCGGCUACGACCCCCACGGCUGACCCAGAGAAGCGCAAGCUGAUCCAGCAGCAGCUGGUGCUUCUGUUACAUGCUCACAAGUGCCAGAGGCGUGAGCAGGCCAAUGGCGAGGUGCGCCAGUGCAACCUGCCCCACUGCCGCACCAUGAAGAACGUCCUCAACCACAUGACCCACUGCCAGGCUGGCAAGUCGUGCCAGGUUGCACACUGUGCCUCAUCGCGACAGAUCAUCUCCCACUGGAAGAACUGCACAAGACACGACUGCCCUGUCUGCCUGCCCCUGAAGAAUGCUGGGGACAAGAGGAGUCAGCAGACUCUUCUUGGCACUACUGCUGUUGGCCUUGGCGGUUCCCUGGGGGCUGUGCAGGGUGGGCAGCCAACUGCCCCCAGCAUCAACCCACCCAGUCAGAUUGACCCCAGCUCCAUCGAACGGGCCUAUGCUGCUCUGGGCCUCACCUAUCAGGGCACCCAGAUCCAGCCUCAGCCACCUCAGCCACAGCUGCCCACUUCGGGUAUGCAGAGUCAGCCAACAUUGCGGCCACUAGGCACCAUGGGAGGAAACCCCAUGGGCGUAAAUGGAGGUGUUGGUGUUCAGUCCACCAGCCAGCAGCCCAACCUACUGCAGGAUCCUAUGUUGCACACCAACAUAAACUCACAGAGUUUGAUGAAUGACAGCAGCACCAUUGGUAAUCUUGGGUCCAUGCCCACGGCAACCCCACCCUCUUCCACUGGUGUCCGUAAAAGCUGGCACGAGGACAUUACACAAGACCUGCGCAACCACCUGGUGCACAAACUUGUGCAAGCCAUUUUUCCAACUCCUGACCCGGCAGCGCUGAAGGACCGGCGGAUGGAGAACCUGGUGGCCUACGCCCGCAAGGUGGAGGGAGACAUGUACGAGUCAGCCAACAGCAGGCCGGAGUACUAUCACCUCCUGGCAGAGAAGAUCUAUAAAAUCCAGAAGGAGCUGGAGGAGAAACGAAGAACACGGCUACAGAAGCAGGGCAUGAUGCCCACCUCGGCACUGACACAGGGCCCACCUGGCAUGGGGCAGACCCCACCCCCAUCUGCAAUACCCCCUAAUGGACCCCACUCAGAUCCAGCCCUUCGGGCACCUGUCCCUAGUCAGAUGGCAAACCGGAUGAUAAAUCCUUCAGGUAUGACUCAGUUCAACCAGAUUGGGCCAAUGCAGUCCCUGGGCCAGAAACCAGCCCCUGGAGUCCAGCUAGGUUUACCCAUGAACCAGUUGGGCAUGGGGCCAGCAAGAAUGGGCCAACCCAAUGUGACUCAGCUCCAGAACCAGUAUCUGACUCCAAGCCAGUUCCCUGGGUCAGGACCAGUGCAUGGGAGUGGCCCCGUUGGAAUGACACAGCCUAUGACGCAAGGCAGCAUAGCACAGGCCCAGAUAUCCACGCCCCCUUCUCUUCCGGUCAGCAGUCCUGCAGCACCCCCUGGCUCGGGAGGAGGAUCAGGCACUGUGCCCCCAGUUGGGUCCAUGGCACCUGGCAGCAUUGGUGGAGGCCCCCCUUCCAGCUUGCCUCAAGCCUCCGGCCUCUCGCAGCCCAACUCCCACCCGCACUGUCCUCCAGUCCGUCAAAGCUCCCCUUCACCUGCUCGCAGUCGUACACCCACCCCACACCCCACGCCCCCUGGAGUGCUCGGCGCACAGACACCCCAGCCCCAUACCCCUAACCCACCUCAACUGGCCCUGCCAACCCCUCAGACUCAGCAGCAGUUGGUUCCACCAGUGGGGCAGAGCAUGAGCUUGGACAAGUCCACACUGCCCACCCAGUCAGGGCUGGCUCCCUCAGGGCCCACGCCAAGUGCCCAGUUGGCACUACAGCAUCCACGCACUCCUCUAUCCCAGAAAUCCUCGCUAGCGCCUGAUGGUCAAGCCUCCACACCGGCCUCCACGGGCAGUGCAGAUGUUGGCUCCCAGCUGGCCUCCUCUGAUGCUCCCAUUCCUUCAGAUUUACGGCCAGAGGUGAAGCAGCAGGAGGAGGAGGAUGCGGAGGUUGAAGGGUUGGCAGCAGCAGGGGGAGGUGUACGCGGGAAGCAGUCAGACGUCAAAACUGAGGAAAAGCCGGACAUGGGGGAGGUAAAGAAGGAGGAGUCUAAAGAUGAUGGAUACAAAGCUGAGCCAAUGGAAGCAUCAGUAGGGGUGGUGAGUGAAGACUGCAAAGCAGAAGUAAAGACAGAAGUGAAGGAGGAGGACGGGGUUUUGGGUUCCACAGGAACGCACAGCACUCAAGCAAACGCACAGAGCAAGAGGAAAAUAUUCAAGCCUGAGGAGCUGCGACAAACCCUAAUGCCAACCCUGGAGGCACUGUACCGCCAGGACCCUGAGUCCCUCCCCUUCCGACAGCCAGUGGACCCCCAGCUCCUGGGAAUACCUGACUAUUUUGACAUUGUGAAGAACCCCAUGGAUUUGUCCACCAUCAAGCGGAAACUGGACACGGGCCAGUACCAAGAGCCCUGGCAGUAUGUGGACGACAUUUGGCUCAUGUUUAACAACGCCUGGCUCUACAACCGCAAAACCUCGCGUGUCUACAAGUACUGCUCCAAGCUGGCCGAGGUGUUUGAGCAGGAGAUUGAUCCAGUCAUGCGAACCCUGGGCUACUGCUGUGGCAGGAAGCUGGAAUUCUCCCCCCAAACACUUUGCUGCUAUGGAAAGCAGCUGUGUACAAUACCUCGUGAUGCAGCCUACUUCAGUUACCAGAACAGGUACCACUUCUGUGAGAAGUGUUUCAACGAAAUCCAGGGCGAGAGUGUGUCCCUGGGGGAUGACCCCUCCCAGCCACAGACGUCCAUCAGUAAAGAUCAGUUUGAGAAGAAAAAGAAUGACAUGCUAGACCCUGAACUGUUUGUGGAAUGUAUUGACUGUGGUCGCAAGAUGCAUCAGAUCUGUGUGCUGCACAAUGAAACCAUAUGGCCAUCAGGGUUUGUGUGCGAUGGCUGUCUGAAGAAAGCCAAUAAGUCACGUAAGGAGAAUAAAUAUGCAGCUAAAAGGCUUCCCCAGACCAAGCUGGGCAGCUUCCUGGAAACAAGAGUCAAUGACUUCCUGAGACGGCAGGACCACCCAGAGUCCGGAGAGGUCACCAUCCGCGUGGUCCACGUCUCUGACAAGGUGGUGGAGGUCAAGCCAGGCAUGAAGGCCAGGUUUGUGGACAGUGGUGAGAUGGCAGAUUCCUUCCCGUAUCGGACCAAGGCUCUCUUUGCCUUUGAGGACAUCGAUGGGGCUGAUGUCUGCUUUUUUGGGAUGCACGUGCAGGAGUACGGCUCAGACUGCCCGCCGCCCAAUCAGAGACGCGUGUACAUCUCCUACCUGGAUAGUGUUCACUUUUUCCAGCCAAGAUGCCUUCGGACAGCCGUGUACCACGAGAUCCUCAUUGGAUACCUGGAGUACGUCAAGAAACUAGGGUUUACAACUGGCCACAUCUGGGCCUGUCCACCCAGUGAGGGGGAUGACUAUAUUUUCCACUGCCACCCGGCAGACCAGAAGAUCCCUAAACCCAAGAGACUGCAGGAGUGGUACAAGAAAAUGCUUGACAAGGCAGUAGCAGAACGCAUUGUUCACGACUACAAGGAUAUCUUCAAGCAAGCAACGGAGGACCGGCUGACCAGUGCCAAGGAGCUACCCUACUUUGAGGGGGACUUCUGGCCCAAUGUGCUGGAGGAGAGCAUCAAGGAGCUGGAGCAGGAAGAAGAAGAACGCAAGCGGGAGGAGAACAACACCUCAAGUGAGAGCAUUGAUGCCUCAAAAGGUGACAGCAAGAAUGCCAAAAAGAAGAACAACAAGAAGACAAGCAAGAACAAGAGCAGCCUGAGUCGAGCCAACAAAAAGAAGCCGGGCAUGCCCAGUGUGUCUAAUGAUCUGUCGCAGAAGCUGUACGCCACCAUGGAGAAGCACAAGGAGGUGUUCUUUGUGAUUCGACUCAUCGCGGGCCCCACAGCCAACUCUCUGCCACCCAUUCUGGAGCUGGAUCCCCUGAUGGCCUGUGACCUGAUGGAUGGGAGGGAUGCCUUCCUGACACUGGCGCGAGACAAACACUGGGAGUUUUCUUCGCUGCGGCGUGCUAAGUGGAGCUCCAUGUGCAUGUUGGUAGAGCUUCACAACCAGAGCCAAGACCGCUUUGUCUACACUUGCAAUGAGUGCAAGCACCACGUGGAGACACGCUGGCACUGUACCGUCUGCGAGGACUACGAUCUGUGCAUCAGCUGUUACAACACCAAAGGUCACGAGCACAAGAUGGAGAAGCUGGGUCUGGGCCUGGAUGACGAGAGCAAUAGCCAGGCAGGAGCAGCCACUCAAAGCCCUGGAGAUUCGCGGCGCCUGAGCAUCCAGCGCUGCAUCCAGUCUCUGGUGCACGCCUGCCAGUGCCGUAAUGCCAACUGCUCGCUGCCUUCCUGCCAGAAGAUGAAGCGUGUGGUGCAGCACACCAAGGGCUGCAAGCGCAAGACCAACGGAGGCUGCCCCAUCUGCAAGCAGCUGAUUGCACUCUGCUGUUACCACGCCAAGCACUGCCAGGAGAACAAGUGUCCUGUGCCCUUCUGCCUCAACAUCAAGCACAAGCUACGGCAGCAGCAGUUGCAGCACCGCCUACAGCAGGCACAUUUACUACGGCGCCGGGUGGCUAGCAUGCAGCGAACGGGCCAGCCUGCCAUCGGUGGAGCGGGUGGGGGCCUGCCCUCCCCAGGUAAUAAUAGCACCACUGCUCCCAGCACGCCCACAUCUGGUGGUACCCAGCCUCCGACACCACAAACGCCUACCCAAGGCAGCCUGCCCCCAGUGCCCCAGGCCGGGGCAGGGAGCAUCCCACCUCAGCAGCUUCACCCACACCUCCAGCCAAUGUCAGGAGGGGGCAUGAUGAGCUCACCUCAGCAUCAGCAUCAGCAUCAUCAGCAACAACAGCAGCAGCAGCAGCAACAGAUGGUUCCCCAGGUCCAACAGCCCCCACAGCAGCAGCUUCCUCAGCAGGGCUCUGACCAACAUCCCCCGCAAGGCAACGGCUUGCACCAGUAUGGCCCCCGGCCCCCAAGUUCCUCUCCCCGCACCUACUUGGGGAAACCAAGCCUCUUUCCAGCAGCGCCCCCUCAACAACCCCAGCAGCAACCACCUUCGGGGCCCCCGCCAGCGGCUGUGGAGAUUGCCAUGAAGAUCCAGCGCGUGGCAGAAACUCAGAGGCAAAUGGCACAUCCGCAGAUGCUGCAGCGCCAAGCGGUUCAAGCAGCCGGCAUGAUGCCUCCCAACCCGCACCAUCAGCCCCCACCACCACAGGGCAUGGGCAUGAGCCAUCCUGUCGGAGGGAUUAUGGGGGCCCAAGGGCUCCCCCCUCAGGCGACAGCAGCGGCCUGCACUCACCUGGAACAGCCACAGCAGGGCAUGGUGGGGGGUCCAGGUUUGCAGCAGCAGUCCCAGAUGCCCCAACUUCAGCAUCCCCAGCAGCAGCAACAGCAGGGGUGGGGAGGCCCAGGCAUGCAGCCCCAGCCCAGGCCGGGCAUGAUGGGCCAAAUGGGCCACCCAGGAAUGGCUGGCAGCCAGCAGCAGCAGCAGCAGGUGAGCCGCGGUGGGGUCAUGGGCAUGCCCGGGGGCCCAGCACCACCUACAGGUGGGGGCAACCUGCCUCAAGCCGCCCUUCAAGAGCUCCUCCGCACCCUGCGCUCUCCCACCUCUCCCAUGCAGCAGCAGCAGGUGCUUAACAUCCUGCGGCUCCACCCACAGCUCAUGGCUGCCUUCAUCAAGCAACGAGCUGCCAAAUACCAGGGCGCUUCAGCGAGUGGAGCCCCAGGUGCGCCCCUGGCAGGUUCAGACGGCCAGGCAGUCAGCGUGAACCCUGGGGCAGUGCCUUCAGCAGGCAUGCAGGUGGGCCAGGGAGGGGGUGUGCCUUCCAUGGCUCCACAGCAGCAAAUAGCGGCCUUGCAGCAGCAGCCCAAUAUCAGCAACCAGUUCCGAGAGAUUCUGCUGAGGAGACAACUCCAGCAACAGCAGCAGCAGCAGCAGCAACAACAACAGCAGCAGCAGCAGCAACAAAUGGGUAACCACACCCAGUUCCAACAGCCCCAGCCCCCCCAGCAGCAAGGCUAUCUCGGCCAGCCCCAGGCAGGUGGCCCAUCACCGCAGCAGCAGCAAGUGCAGCAGCAGGGAGGCCAGCCGGGACAGCAUCAAGUCUACCAAGGGCCUGUGUCCCAUCAGAAGGUCGCUGCCGCCCUCCAGCAGAGGCUCCAGCAGCACCAGCACCACCUCCAGAUGCAGCAGCAGCAGAUGCAGCAGCAGCAGCAGAUGCAGCAGCAGCAGAUGCAGCAGCAGCAGAACGCCAUGGCUGCCCUCCCGGGGGUUGACCCAGGUCCAGCAGGAGGCAAUGGAGGUCCUCUCCAGCAGCAGCCGCAACAGCAGCCCCCUCCGCAGAGCGGUCCCCAGCCUCCGCAGUCCCAGGCUUUGUUCCAGCAGGCCCUGCACCAGCGCAUUCUCCAGCAGCAGCAGCAGCAGCAGCAGCAGCAGCAACAGCAGCAGCAACAUCUGGGUGGCGGCUCGCCAGCCCAACACAGCAGCCCCAUGAGCCCUCAGCAGCCGCAGACACAACAGCAGCAGCAGCCGAUGGCGCCAUCGCCCCUCCUGCAGGGCCCAGCGCUUACAUCGCUGAGCAGCCAGGUGCGCUCUCCGCAGCCAUCGCCACGGCCCCAGUCGCAGCCGCCCCACUCCAGCCCCUCGCCUCGCAUGCAGCCCCAGCCUUCACCCCACCACAUCUCGCCCCAGACCCAGACAGGUUCCCCACACCCAGGGCACCUUGCCCAGCACCACCCAGGCCUGACGGUGCCCCCGCCCCAACAACAAAACUCCAUGGACCCAGGCACUUUCGGGGCUGACCCGAGCGCCAUGCUGUCCCAGCUGACCGGGAUGGGGGGGCUGCAUGGCGCUGGGGGGUCGGACCUGAUGUCAGGGAGCUCAGAGGAGCUUCGGCCCAACAUGAAUCACAGUACCUUAGGCAUGAUGUAGCACAGAAGGAUGCCUAGUUCCGAUCUCUCAUUUACUAUUUAAAACUGUUUUCGAUAUAAUUAAGAACUGCACUUCCUAUGGGAGAUGCACUAAUACAUAAGUCAAUGAAUGAAUGAAUGAAUAAAGUACAUGAAUGGUAAGUUAUUGCUGUUAAUAUAUUUUUUUGCAAAUUGUGUACAGAGGUGGGUGGGGAGAAUAAGGCAGUGUAUCACUCCUUCAGAGAAUGACACACAGGUAGUAUUUUUGGGGUGUGGGGUGGGUAUUUACCUUUUUAAUACAUAUUUUUAAGAUUUUAAAUGUGGCAAAUAAAUUAAAGGACAGAGUUAAUUAACACAAAGGACUUAAUUAUAUUUUCUUUUUUCAUCUUUGAACCAGUCACGAUUGUAUCUGAUUUAAAGCGUGAGGUUGAUAUUAUUAGUUUUUUUUAUUAUUCUGAACAUCACUGCAUUUCUUCCUUUAAAAUUAGUUUGCUUUAUUUUUUUUUCCAGUGGUUUCUUGGCAUGUAUAAUUUGAGACUGCUAUAACUCACAGAAGAUUAUAUAUAUUUUUAAAUUGCCGUUAAAAUGGAAUGGGAGGGUUGCAAGGGGAGGUUUUUUUUUUAAAAUGAAAUAUUAGAGUUUUGCUAGAAGGGGAUUCAAAUAAAACAGUGUUGGUAGAUAAUUGGAUGUUGGUUUUCCUUCAGCACUCCCCAGAGUGGACAGCGUCCCUAUGAAUGUCUUUUUCUGUCAUGUGACUGUGGACUUACAGAACCAGGGUCCUCCCACUGCAUUCUGGGAGUUUUAAGAUCAGCAGGCUGUGCUGUUGGAGCUCUGGCAUGGGCCGUGCUCUCCGUAGCCCCCAGAGAAAAUGGGAUGUGUGCUAAAGAUGAGCCCCCCCCCCCAAAAUCGCAGGCCCUCACUACGCGUGGGGCUUCUGAAAAGCGGAACCCUGCAAAGAUGCAGUUGUGCCCCCUGCACCCACGACUCGGUUUUUCCAAGGCCCAGAACAUUGCAACUAUUUUAGAGUUUCAAAAAAAACAAACAACGGACUUACGAAUGCCUUUUUGUCGUAAUCAAAUGAAUCUUAAGAUCUCAAUUCGUAGAGGCGUUAAGAAAGACAAGAGAGAGAUUAUUUUGGUUUAGCCCUCUCCCUUGAAAGUAAUGAAUAAAUUCUCAAUAAAAAGGUGGGGGGGUUGAUGAGUUUGAGUUCCAGAAGAGUGCAGACCAACAAAGGUGGCUCUCGGUGGAAGGUUCCGGUCUGUCGGCACAAACGGGAACAGACACACACUACAGGUUCAGCCUAUAGCUUGGGGUGGCGAGCACCACACGAUGAAAACAGUGGCAAUAUGGCUUGAGACUUAUUUUCUAAACGAAAAAACUUUUAUAUAUAGAUAUAUUAUU